AAACCAGCAUCCCGCCCUCAUCUGGCCCACAACCUCACCAAUCAAAAGCUGCCAGACCGCAGUCUUCCGGCUCGUUGAAGAGCGUCGCGCCGGCUCCUCUGCGCUCUAGUCGCAGCCGUGGAGCGAUGGUGGUCAGAGCGCACGGAGACGCCGGUGUUUCGGGAAUCGCGGAGGGACAGAUGAAAUGUCCGGGAAUAUGAGCAAAGGGGACGCCUCGAGCCGGAGCUCUUCUUUGACCUUCACCAUCGACAGCAUUCUCAACCUGAAGCAGGAGGACGGAGGAGAGUCUGACCUCUCAACGUGGCAGAGGGACAGUGGAUAUAAGGAUGAGUUCCAAGCGCAGUAUGAGGAGGUGUGGGACGUCCGGAGGAGACACGACAGCAGCCCAGAGAGAACAGUUAAGUCCAGAGUCCAGUGUGCGGACAGCGAGGAAAACACACCGUCGCUGCAGAGCGCCGGCGCCUGUCCCGGUGCGCAAAGCCCGGAGGACACAUCCGAGCAGCAGCAGCAGCAGCAGCAGCAGCAGCAGCAGCAGCAGAAAACCACUGCUGACACCAAAGCCACAGUGAAGAAGAAGACGCGCACCAUCUUCUCCAAGAGACAGAUCUUCCAGCUGGAGGCCACUUUUGACAUGAAGCGGUACCUGAGCAGUUCGGAGAGAGCGUGUCUCGCCAGCUCUCUGCAGCUCACAGAGACGCAGGUGAAAAUCUGGUUCCAGAACCGCCGCAACAAGCUGAAGAGGCAGCUGUCCACGGACAUGGACGGGCCGCUGGCAGCGGAUCACUUCUCCGAGGCGGCAAAAAACGUGCAAUUACCGACUUUUUACAAAGACAGCAGCCUGCUGAGCGGAUGUUUAUUACCCAUGUCUUUCCCCUUCAUUUACCCGACGGCAAACGCUGCGCCUUACAUCUACUUCUCCAACACUGGCAAAUAUUUUGGCCUGUUUGAUGCGGACUGACCAUUUCCUCUGCGCGGGAUGUUAGGGUGCGUGGACGUAUACUGUAUAUCUGGCUUUAUAUAAGCCACUCACUUAUUUUGUAUAAUUUUAUUUUAUUGAUUCUUUUUUUAAGUUUGUAAAAUUCAACAAACUUCGAUGUAAACCUAUCCAUGACAUGCAUGUGCCACUUUUUGUCCAUCCCAAAUGUUUGUUAUUAUCAUUAUUAUUACGGUUUCAACGUACGUUUUCGUUUUUAUUUUGCGCAGUAAUGUCAUCUGACCGAAUGUACGUUAAGAAUAAUGCUGCAUCAACUUCUGCUAAACCGCAAAAACACUUCCUUUCUAACUCCUAUGUUGAAGUUUCUGUGGAGCGAUACAACACUUGUAUUCAUGUGGCCUUAUUAUUUUUGUUUAUAGGAUUAUAGUAUUUGUUUAUAGUAUUAUAGUAUUUGUUUAUAGUAUUAUGUUUGUUUGACUUGAUCUUUCAUAUGACACUGUUCAACUGUGAGUACAGUUAUUAUAUCAUGACAAUGAUGGGUUUUUCCAAUAAAAAGAAAGUGAAAUGGCCGAAGUGUGUGUUGA